AAAGAAGUAUCAAAGAGCAGGGUAGAAGUUAUCUGUGCAAAGUUCUCAGCAAAUUUUGAUUUUAUACAUUUCUUUAAGUUUAACAGUAUAUGUGGUAAAGGUAAAAGUAUUGUGGUAAAGGAAAAAAAGGAAGUAUUGUGGUAAAGAUGCAAGAAAAUAAGUCUAUAUAUGAUCCUCCUUCUACAUUUAAUAGCAAUACACUACCAAGAGAAAGGCGAGAUAGUGCUUUAAGUUCUGGAAGUCGAUAUAGUUCUGGCAGUAUGUCAGCUGUAAACAAAAAUGUGACCAAAGAAGUGAAAAAGGCAGAAGUCAAAGAGGACAAAGCUGAUACGCAAAUGCCAAAGCAAGAAACCGAAAAAGUCAAAGUCUGCUUGAGAAUAAGGAAAGAAAAGGAUGAGAAAGCAUUUGAAGAAUUUUACAAUUUAGUCGAUGAGAAGACCGUGUUAGAUAUACAUUCUCAAAAGAUAUACACCUUUGACAAGAUCAUUGGACCUAAUUCUGCAGAAGAAGAUGUGUUUAAUGAAGUUGGUAAACCUGUAGCUGACAGUGUAUUAAGAGGAUUAAAUAGUACCAUAUUAGCAUACGGACAGACCGGAAGUGGGAAAACCUUCACAAUGGAGGGCAACUCUGAAACUGAAGGCAUAGUACAGAAAGUUGCUUCCGAAAUUUUUAGAAGAACAGAAUCUUUUGAAGACUCAGUAAAAGUUGAAAUUAAAAUAUCCUUUUAUGAGGUUUAUAUGGAGAGAAUUCGGGAUCUUCUAAGUGAUCAUCUAGAUAAUGUCUUAUCGCUGCAUGAGAGGAAUCACACAAUUUUUAUUAAAGGACUUAUAGAGAAGACUGUUUUAAAUAUUAGAGAACUGUUAGCUGUUUUCGGAGAAGCAAAGGGCAAAAGACGCACUAAAACAACUGGUAAGUGUUUAUUCUAUUAGUUACUGCAACAAUGU